AUGGCCGACAAGGGCUGCCUCAAGCGCCUCCAGAAGGAGUACCACGCGCUCUGCAAGGAGCCGGUGCCGCAGAUCGUGGCGCGCCCGCUGCCCAACGACAUAUUGGAGUGGCAUUUUGUACUUGAAGGAAGUAUAGCCACACCCUUUGAAGGUGGAUAUUACUAUGGGAAGCUUAAAUUUCCCUCUGAUUACCCUUUUAAACCUCCAAGUAUCAGCAUGACAACCCCCAGCGGCAGGUUUGCCCCUCACAAAAGGAUAUGCCUAUCAAUGAGUGACUUUCAUCCAGAAUCUUGGAAUCCCAUGUGGUCUGUAGCAAGCAUUCUAACAGGACUCCUCUCAUUUAUGAUGGAUGAUGCUCUUACAACUGGAAGCAUCAGAAGUACAGAUGGAGAGAAGAAGCGUUUAGCAAAGGCUUCUCUUGCUUACAACUGUGAGAGCAAAAAUUGCCCGCACUUCAGGAAACUGUUUCCUGAGUAUGUUGAGAAGUAUAACCAACAACAAGAAAAGGAGCAAACUGGCGCGGAACCAGAACCCCAGGAGAACCAUGCCCUAGCUCCUUCUCAUGCCGCCGUCCUGCAGGCGGCAGCUAUGGUGAACAAUAUAGGAAGACCAGUGGCCGAGGUCCGCGGCGAAAAGAAGCUGAAGAAGCGAGUGCCCUUUUGGCUGAUGGUGGUUAUUGUCUCUGUUUUUGGCGCGGUGAUGGCCUUGCCCCUGAUGCAACUUUGA